CUCUCAGUGGACAUUCCUUAUCAGCUUUCAUCGAUCGCCUGGGAUCGAUUUUAAAACCGUAUUGAUUUUGUCUUGUUUCUGGAAAUGAUAACUGUGAGCCUAUUGUCAUGUUUGGCCGUAAUCGCUUCUGCAGUACCAGUCAAUCCUAAUGUCCGUCCUCCAGUGCCGUCUCAAGGAGGAGCUCCGCGAGUUCAUCCCGUCGAAGCCACGAACCAGAAACCCGAGGCUCAGACUCCAGCUCUGCUGUCCCCGAGUGUGGAGCGACCACAGUCCGGGGUUCCCCAGCAGCUGGGUCCCCAGGGUGGCCCCCAGCCCGUUCCUUCAGUGCAACAUUACAACUGGCCUCCACUAGGGGGCAGUGUGAUGAUGAUCCCCCUGCAGCUAGGCGUCCAUGGACCUCAGCAUGCGAACCAGCCUCUGAUGUUCCCAUCUUAUGGAUACUUCCCUCUGUUUUCACCACCUUACAGAAACCAGCCGUCCUCCCCGUAUGGAUUCCAAAUUAUUCUUGAAGCACCUCUCCCACAAACGCCAGCAAAUCAGCCCCCGCACAGUCAAGUCUUACCUGCACAAACGCCCCCCGAAGCUGCUCCUCCUGGAGCCGCACCUCAGCCGGUGCAGCAACAACAGAAUUCCCAAAUUGUAUACAUGUUACAGCAACCCAAGAGCUCUCCACUUGGCAGUCUGAGCUCCGAGGAGCUUGAGAUGGCAGCUAGAAUGGGCCAGCUCGGUGUGUACGUGGCCACUGUGAUCGCAAACCCGCCGGCAGGAGCCGUUCAAACUGGAAGCCAGGCCGCCGGGCUAACAAACCAGCGACGGGCAGGCGUCGUGCCAACUGCGGUGACCUCAUCAGCCAGAGUCCCACAGACACAGGGCCCGGCCACUGGACCACAGCUGAGCACCAGCACUGUCCCUGUAGGUUUGGAGAGAGUAGCGCAGGAGGCCACCACUGCCCAAACACCUGUUCAACCCCAACUCCAACCGACACAGGGAAACCACUUCUGAGAAUGCAGCCACCUAUGGAGAUAACGCUUAAUGAGAAUAGACACAUUAUAGUAGAAUGGCACUUACAGUAGCAGACACCUCCCCCCAGCAGUCACCUUAACUUGUCUACACUCACAGAUUUCAGAUCCCUAACAUAUGUUUGAUCUUUGUUUUCUUCAA